AUGCUAUUGUUACCAUCUCACAGGCUGCAGGUACUGGUGUCCAGAGGUAUAGAGUUUACAGGCAUUUCUGGAGCAACAGCUGAGAAUGUCCCAGUGGAACAGAUUGUUGAGAACAGUGACAUCAUCAUUUUAACGCCACAGAUUCUUGUGAACAACCUUAAAAAGGGAACAAUUCCAUCACUGUCCAUCUUUACUUUAGUGAUAUUUGAUGAAUGUCACAACCCUACUAAACAGCACCCAUACAAUAUGAUCAUGUUUAAUUAUCUAGAUCAGAAACUUGGAGGAUCUUCAGGCCCACUGCCCCAGGUCAUUGGGCUGACUGCCUCGGUUGGUGUCGGGGAUGCCAAAAACACAGAUGAAGCCUUGGAUUAUAUCUGCAAGCUGUGUGCUUCUCUUGAUGCGUCAGUGAUAGCAACAGUCAAACACAAUCUGGAGGAACUGGAGCAAGUUGUUUAUAAGCCCCAGAAGUUUUUCAGGAAAGUGGAAUCAUGGAUUAGUGACAAAUUUAAAUGCAGCAUAGCUCAGCUGAUGAGGGACACAGUGAGUCUGGCAAAGAGAAUCUGCAAAGACCUCAGUGAGAUAAAUCAAAUUCAAAACAGGGAAUUUGGAACACAGAAAUAUGAACAAUGGAUUGUUACAGUUCAGAAAGCAUGCAUGGUGUUCCAGAUGCCAGACAAAGAUGAAGAGAGCAGGAUUUGUAAAGCCCUGUUUUUAUACACGUCACAUUUGCGGAAAUAUAAUGAUGCCCUCAUUAUCAAUGAGCAUGCACAAAUGAAAGAUGCUUUGGAUUACUUGAAAGACUUCUUCAGCAAUGUCCAAGCAGCAGGAUUCGAUGAGAUUGAGCAAGACCUUACUCAGAGAUUUGAAGAAAAGCUACAGGAACUAGAAAGUGUUUCCAGGGAUCCUAGCAAUGAGAACCCUAAACUUGAAGACCUCUGCUUCAUCUUACAAGAAGAGUACCACUUAAACCCAGAGACAAUAACAAUUCUCUUUGUGAAAACCAGAGCACUUGUGGAUGCUUUAAAAAAUUGGAUUGAAGGAAAUCCUAAACUCAGUUUUCUAAAACCUGGCAUAUUGACCGGAUGUGGCAAAACAAAUCAGAACACAGGAAUGACCCUCCCGGCACAGAAGUGUAUAUUGGAUGCAUUCAAAGCCAAUGGAGAUCACAAUAUUCUGAUUGCCACCUCAGUUGCUGAUGAAGGCAUUGACAUUGCACAGUGCAAUCUUCUCAUCCUGUGAUACGUGGGCAAUGUCAUCAAAAUGAUCCAAACCAGAGGCAGAGGAAGAGCAAGAGGUAGCAAGUGCUUCCUUCUGACUAGUAAUGCUGGUGUAAUUGAAAAAGAAUAAAUAAACAUGUACAAAGAAAAAAUGAUGAAUGACUCUAUUUUACGCCUUUAGACAUGGGAUGAAGCAGUAUUUAGGGAAAAGAUUCUGCAUAUACAGACUCAUGAAAAAUUCAUCAGAGAUAGUCAAGAAAAACCAAAACCUGUACCUGAUAAGGAAAAUAAAAAACUGCUCUGCAGAAAGUGCAAAGCUUUGGCAUGUUACACAGCUGACGUAAGAGUGAUAGAGGAAUGCCAUUACACUGUGCUUGGAGAUGCUUUUAAGGAAUGCCUUGUGAGUAGACCACAUCCCAAGCCAAAGCAGUUUUCAAGUUUUGAAAAAAGAGCAAAGAUAUUCUGUGCCUGACAGAACUGCAGCCAUGACUGGGGAAUCCAUGUGAAGUACAAGACAUUUGAAAUUCCAGUUAUAAAAAUUGAAAGUUUUGUGGUGGAGGAUAUUGCAACUGGAAUUCAGACACUGUACUCGAAGUGGAAGGAUUUCGAGAAGAUACCAUUUGAUCCAGCAGAAAUGUCCAAAUGAUAUCAGGGCCUCAAUCUUCAGCUAUAGGGAAUGAGUAACUUUGAGUGGAGAAGAAACAAACGUGGGUAUAAUCAUGGAUCGCUUGUACCCCGGUGAAGAUACAUUUAAAAAAAAUAUCUUUAGCAGUUUGUACUAUAUUAUAUAUGCAAAGCACAAAUGAGUGAAUCACAGCACUGAGUAUUUUGUAGGCCAACAGACCUCAUAGUACUUGGGAAAAAUUAAAAAGCCUCAUUUCUAGCCGCCUUUUUAGAGUCAACUGCCAACAAACACACAGUAAUCACUCUGUACACACUAGGAUAGAUGAAUGAAUGGAAUGUUGGGAAUUUUUAUCUCCCUUUCUCUGCUUAACCUACUGUAAACUGGCUUUUGCUUUUAACAAUCUACUGAAAUUGUUCUUUUGAAGGUUACCAGUGACUCUGGUUGCCAAAUCCACUGGGCACUUCUUAACCUUCUAUUUGACCUCUGUGCAUUUGGCCCUGUUGAGCACUCUUCUUGAAACUCUCCCUGGGCUUCUCUGUCUUCUAGUUCUAUUCUACUUUUUUAUUGAGUCCUCCUCUUUGCUGAUCCCUUCCAAGCGUUCAAUAUAUAUACAUUUAUAUACUGUACAUAUGUAUAUGUAACUAUUAUACAUACAUACAGGUAUGUAUAUGUAAUGGUUAUAUGUACUCAUGUUCCCUGUGUAGCAACAUGUGGUAUGGCUACACAGAGAACAUGAGAACAUAAAGCCAUUUUUAUGCUUACUACUAAAAGCUGUCCACUGUAGAGUUGCUGUAUGUAGCAAUGUGUGUCCACUCUACAGUGGACAGCUUUUAGUAGUGAGCAUAAAAAUGAUAAAAUACUUCUUGAAAACUUAGUUUACUAUACAUCUUGCCCUAUUAAUAUGUUCUCUUAACGUGUGCCAUUGUUCUCUUUGACCAUUUUCCUAUAAUGAUGUUGAUGUUCAACACCUGGACUGAAUGUCUGUUCUCAGAUCCCUUGGAUGUUACAGAUGAGGCAGUCUGUCUACUUGAAAGAUUAGAAUAUGUAUCCAAAUGGCAUUCACGUGUCGCUUAGCAAGGUUUGCUGAUGCUUCAAAGAGCUUAGUUUGCAGUUUUCUGGACAUGGAAACAAGUGUCUGAGUUCCCUGGAGAUCAACGGGAUGAGGUGUUACAGCUGCCUCCCUCUCCAUGCAAUCCGGUGAGCAGUGGUGCAGGCGGGGAGCCAGAGAAACUUGCCAGUUAUAUAACUUUUCUUUGGCUUUUCUUCAUCUGUAAAACAAGGAUAAUACUGAACUGUAAGGGUUAGUGGAGAGAUUUUAAUUAAAAGAAUGUGUGAAAAGUACGUGACACAGUAGUUGCUUGUUAAUAGUUACUAGUAGUAGUAUUCUUACUAAGACCCAAUACAAAUGGAUUAUUUAAACCAAGUUUAUGAGUUGGUUUUUUUUCAUUUUCCAUUUGUAUUUUAUUAAGAGUGAUUAUUUUAUGUGAUUUUUUUUUAUUGCUAUUUGAUAUGGUUUGGCUCUGUGUCCCCACCCAAAUCUCAUCUUGAAUUAUAAUCCCCAUGUGUCAAGGGAGGGACCUGAUGGGAGGUGAUUGGAUCAUGGAGGCAGUUGUCCCCAUGCUGUUCUUGGGAUAGUGAGUUAGUUCUCAUGAGAUCUGAUGGUUUUAUAAGUGUUUGACAAUUCCUCCUUUACACACACUCUCUCUCAUCUGCUGCCAUGUAAGACAUGCCUGCUUCCCCUUCUGCCAUGAUUGUAAGUUUCCUGAGGCCUCCUCAGCCAUGUGGAACUGUGAGUCUGUUAAACCUCUUUUCUUUAUAAAUGACCCAGUCUCAGGCAGUUCUUUAUAGCAGUGUGAAAACGGACUAAUACACUAUUGUUUAAGAACUCCAAUAGGAUGUGUAAAACAUCUACUAGAAAUAGAUUUAAUAAGUUUUUGUUUUUUUUUUUUCCUGAGAUGGAGUCUCACUCUGUUGCCCAGGUUGUAGUGUAGUGGUGUGAUCUCAGCUCACUGCAACCUCUGCCUUCUAGGUUCAAGUGAUUCUCCUGCCUCAGCCUCCCACGUAGUUGGGUACAGGCACCUGCCACCACACCCGGCUACUUUUUUUUAUUUUUAGUAGAGUUGGGGUUUCACCAUGUUGGCCAGGCUGGUCUUGAACUCCUGACCUCAAGUGAUCCACUUGCCUCGGUCUCCCACAGUGUUGGGAUUACAGGCGUGAGUCACCAUGCCUGGCCAAGAAAAGUUCUUUUAAGUAUGUAAAUGAUUCAAUUUGGAUGAAGGUGAAUAGCCCUAUUCAGCCAACUGAGGCAGGCAGACUGAAGUGAAAUAAGGAGAACUUAGCAUUUCCUUGUUUGGCUUUUAAUGGAAUAAUGUCGUUGCCAGGCAUGGACUCAAACAAAGUAGGCACUUGGUUAAUAUGUAUUGAAUGAAAGAAAUGAGCAGGUAGGCUUUUAGGAAGUGGAUCUUUUGACUGAAUCCCAAAUGCUGGUCAUUGCAAUUCUAGACCAAAGGCCACAUUUUAGAAACAUCUGAGGAGUCUUUUUCAUGGACACACGCCCAGCCCCAUUAGAGCAUCCUGGCAGGGUGUCCAGCCGUGUACGUUUUAAAGCUCCUGUGGUUCAGACACAACCUGUUACACAACUACCAUCUUGUUAUCUCUGCGGUCCUGGCCUGUGCUGAUGCUGUGAUAUUUUCAACCUGAAAUGAAGAGUCAUCUCAACAUCAAGGUCAAUAAACCAAUUCCUGUCCUUAAAA